AUGAGACCCCGCCAUACGUUGAUUCUGAUCGUCGGAGUAAACUCAGAAACAGUAACAGAUGUAACAUCCACCGACUUUCCCGGUCACUGGCCAGGCGAAGACCACGCCUGGGACAUUUCCAAAUUCGCAAGCACUUUUAAAGUCAAAGUUUACAAAAAUGAACACGAAGAAACCUCUUUUUCGUUAAUCGGCAUCGACGCCUCGGUCGCGAAUGCUUAUCGUCGAAUUCUGAUCGCAGAGAUCCCAUCACUGGCAAUUGAGCGCGUGUACAUAUAUAACAAUACAUCCAUCAUUCAAGACGAAGUCCUCGCGGCAAGAUUGGGAUUAAUACCCUUAAAAGGCGGAGAGAAAGGAUUGAAGGAAUUCUUGAAAUGGUAUAGAAAGACUAAGGAAGGCGAGGAACCAGAUAUCGCGACCGACUACAACACGAUACGAUUACAUUUGAAAGUCGAAUGCACUCGAAACGAGAAUGCGGCACCCGGAGAGAGGGAUCCAUUGAAGUUAUAUCACAACGCCCAUGUUUACGCGAAAGACCUCGAGUUUGUGCCAUUUGGUCAGCAGGCGAAGCAUUUCUCUGGAGAAGAUGCGAUUAUGUCUACGAACCCAGAUAUAUUGAUUGCAAAACUACGGCCGGGUCAGAUUCUCGACAUUGAGAUGGAUGCGAUUAAAGGACAGGGUAGUGAUCAUGCGAAAUUCUCGCCUGUUGCGCCUGCGAGUUAUCGAUUGUUACCAACUAUUACAAUUACGAAGCCGAUUCUUGGCAAAGACGCAGAAAAGUUUGCCAGAUGCUUUCCAAAAGGUGUCAUCGGGUUUGAAACAGUUACGAAGAAGGAGGCUGCAACAAAAGGCAGUGGAUAUGAGGGCCAUGAGGGAGAGAAGAAGGCUGUCGUUUUGGAUGCCAUGAAAGAUACAGUUAGUCGAGAAUGCCUACGCCAUGCUGAAUUCGAGGGCAAAGUCAAGCUGGGGAGAAUACGAGAUCACUUCAUAUUUUCGAUUGAGAGUGUAGGCCAGUGGGGAAGCGGAGAGCUAUUCCUGGAAUCCGUUAAAAUGUUGAGGCAGAAGUGUGAAGGGUUGUUAAGCAACUUGCGAGACAUGCCAAAUUAA